AUGGACAUCGACGACAUCCUGGCCUCCGUCGAUCGUGGCGCCGGCGCAAGCGCCGAGUCCGCAGCCAUGGACCACCAACUCCUCACCCGCUUCUGGGUCGCCGAGCGCGCUGUCUCGGAAGUCCUACCAUGGCCCACGGUCCUGAUGGACCGAAUGAUGGAUCGCGUGCGAAUGCAGAUCGAAUCAAUCGAAGACCUGGCAGCCUCGUCCGCAGACGUCCCGACAAACAACACCCACAACCCGAAUCUAAACCUCCGCCUCUCAAUCCUACAAACCGACCUCGCCCGAACCCAAUACCUCAUCCGCAGCUUGCUGCGACAGCGCCUCGCAAAGCUUACAAAGUACAGCAUGCACUACCUGGUCAAAUUAUCCGGAAACAAAAACCCGCUCUCGCAAUCGCAGUCGCAAUCCCAGAGCCAAAGUCAAGCUACGCCCUCCGACUCUGUGCCGGACCUUUCGACUGUCACAGAUUUCACGCCGUUGUCUGAGAACGAGGCCAAUUUCGUGCAUUCGCACCAGAAUCUACUGGCGGGGCACUACAGUGGGUCUUUUAUGGAGGCGUUUCCGCGACAGUUGCGCCGGUUGGAUGAUAAUGCGGGUGGAACGAGUAUGAUUCAGGGUCCGGAUACGAAGGAGUCUGUCUUUGUGCGCUGCCUUGCUGGUGAGGUGCCGGUUAUUGUUGUUGGAGAUGAGGGGGAGGAGGAUAUUGGGGUUACGAUGCGGAUGGGUGAUGUCUGGGUUGUCCGCUGGGAGGGAAUCAAGUCUGCCUGGGAGAAGGGUGAGGUCGAGUUGCUUUAA